GAAGAAUUAUCAAAAUGGCGUCCUUGUUUAUGGGUGAAAUAUAGCUUCUAUCUUGGGAUUCUACAUCUUGCAAUUGCCUCAAGGAUUGAAUUUUGGUACGGGUGAAGUCUAUUGAUAUGGCAGAUACCGACGACAGUUUUAUUCCUCCCCCAGAAGCACCGGUUUUCGAACCGACGGAAGAAGAGUUCGCGGACCCCCUCGCAUACAUCUCUAAAAUCCGUCCCAUUGCCGAGAAAGCCGGGCUCUGCAAAAUAAUUCCACCUCCGGACUGGCAGCCACCAUUUGCUGUUGAUGUUGAAAAUUUCAAGUUUACACCUAGAAUCCAAAGAUUGAAUGAAUUGGAGGCCAAGACGAGGAUCAAAUUUAACUUUCUAGAUCAAAUUGCCAAGUUUUGGGAACUACAGGGAUACAAAUUGAAGAUCCCAACUGUGGAGAGAAAGACACUUGACUUGUAUUUGCUAAGCAAGGUUGUUGCCGAGGAAGGUGGAUUUGAGAUUGCAACUAAAGAAAGAAAAUGGUCUAAAAUAGCCAUUCGGCUUGGAUAUCCUCCUGCAAGAUGUGCUGGAUCAUUGUUACGGUGCCAUUAUGAGAGAAUCUUAUAUCCGUAUGAUAUUUUCCAAGCCGGUGCUACACUGGAUAGUCUUAAUCCUGGUUUUGGACCUAACCAAACUGAAGAGCAUGAUGAAGACACAAAAGAAAAGGAAUAUGUUCCACAUAGUAUUACUAUCAGACAGUCUAUUAAGCCAACAAAUCCUUGUUAUGGUCGCAGAGCAAAAAGACAUGAAAUUGAAACUGGAGAUGAAUCUAUGAAUAUUGACAUAAGCUCCAAUCCAGAGCUGAAGAAACUUCAGCUAUAUGGUGCUGGUCCCAAAUUUCAAGGUCUUGGAUUAGUGGCUAAUGAUAAGAGGCUAGAAGGUGUCAAGCAAGAAGUUGAUGAGAAAUCAAGAAUCAAGAUCGAAAAAGACAUUGAUCCAGAUUAUCAAGAACCAAAGUCUAAAGGGAAGUCACCCAGGAAAGAUGACAUGCAUUAUGGAACAAAAAUGAAGAUGAGAGACAGAACUGGUGCUCUCAGUGCACAGUUUAUUGACAUGUACGUUUGUCAUACUUGUGGCAAAGGAAAUUCUGAAGAUUUUUUAUUAUUAUGUGAUGGCUGUGAUGAUAGUUACCAUACAUUCUGUCUACUACCACCAUUAUCUCAAGUACCAAAGGGGGACUGGAGAUGUCCAAAAUGUGUGGCUGAGGAAUGCAGUAAGCCACAGGAAGCAUUUGGUUUUGAGCAAGCUCAAAAAGAGUAUACAUUGCAGUCAUUUGGAGAGAUGGCUGAUCAGUUCAAGGCAAAUUACUUCAACAUGCCUGUGCAUAUGGUGCCUUGUGAAACUGUAGAGAAAGAGUUCUGGCGUUUAGUCAGUGCAAUUGAGGAAGAUGUAGCUGUAGAAUAUGGUGCUGAUAUUCAUUCGAUGGAAUUCAGUAGUGGCUUUCCGAUAAAAAAUAGUGAUUCUUUGACACCUGAAGAUGAGGUAUAUGCAAAUUCAGGAUGGAAUCUCAACAACCUGCCAGUUUUGGACAGAUCUGUAUUAUGUCACAUUAGUGCUGAUAUAUCUGGUAUGAAGAUACCAUGGUGUUAUGUUGGUAUGUGUUUCUCAGCUUUCUGUUGGCAUAACGAAGAUCAUUGGAGUUACUCUGUUAAUUACAUGCACUGGGGUGAGCCUAAAACCUGGUAUGGUGUUCCAGGACCAGCUGCUGAACAGUUUGAGUCGGCCAUGAAGAGUGUUGCACCUGAGUUAUUUGCUGCCCAACCUGAUUUACUCCACCAGUUGGUGACUAUUAUGAAUCCUACUAUACUUAUGAACCGUGGAGUUCCAAUUGUACGUACUAAUCAAUGUGCUGGAGAAUUUGUAAUCACCUUCCCAAGAUCUUAUCAUGCUGGUUUUAAUCAAGGCUAUAACUUUGCUGAAGCUGUUAAUUUCUGUCCAUCAGAUUGGCUUCCUGUAGGUCGUGAGUGCAUUGCCCAUUACAGGUAUUUGCAUAGAUUUUGUGUGUUUUCACAUGAAGAAUUAGUAUGCAAGAUGGCUGCUGACCCAGAUAGCUUAGAUCUGAAUCUUGCUGCUGCCGUUCACAAGGAUAUGUUAAGUAUGGUGGACGAGGAAAAGAAACUCAGAAAGAAACUCCUUGAGAGGGGUACAACUGAAGCUGAGAGAGAAGCAUUUGAAUUACUGCCAGAUGAUGAAAGACAAUGUGAUUUCUGUAAAACUACUUGCUUUCUUUCUGCUGUUACAUGCUCAUGUAGUCCCAAUAAACUGGUCUGCAUUCACCAUGUAGAAAGACUAUGUGCCUGUCAUCCUACAAAACACUGCCUAAGAUAUCGCUACACGUUGGAUGAACUGCCUGCCAUGCUUCAUAGAUUGAAAGUUAGAGCUGAAUCAUUUGAUAAUUGGGCUAAUCGGGUUAAACAAGCUUUAGAAGCCCCACAAGGUUCCAAGUCAGAUGUUACUGAUUUCAAAGAAAUGAUUCAAGAAGCUGAAGAGAGAAAAUUUCCUGAUAAUGAAUUACUGCAAAACUUAGUAUCAUCAGUAGGAGAAGCAGAACGAUGUGCCAGUGUAGCUGUGCAGCUAGUGAGCAAGAAACAUAGAACAAGAAAUUCUUCUGACAACACUAAAAAUGCUGCAGCCAGAUUGACUUUGGAAGAACUACAGUGUUUCAUGCAACAAGUCAUGGAUUUACCAUGUGAGAUUAAAGAAGCAGAAUUAAUUCGAGAUUUACUGCACCGGGUUGAGAGUUUUCAACUUGAAGCUAAGGAUGCUUUAGAUGAUACCACUCCAGAUUCAGUCAAGUUGAAAAGAUUGUUAGAUAUUGGUGUCAGUCUAGAUGUAGAACUACCAGAAAUGCCCAAGCUGAAGCAGGAAUUACAACAAGCACGGUGGUUGGAUGAAGUUAGGAGUACGUUAUCCGUGCCUAAUCAAGUUACACUGGAUGCAUUACGUAAAUUAAUAGACUCAGGAGUUAGUCUUGCACCCCAUCCUGCUGUUGAUAAAGCUAUGGCAGAACUACAAGAGUUACUGACAGUCAGUGAGAAAUGGGAAGAAAAAGCAAAAAUAUGCCUUCAGGCCAGACCGCGCUAUGUUAUUGCUACCUUGGAGGCAAUAAUCCACGAAGCUAAAAGUAUUCCUGCCUAUCUACCUAAUACUUUAGCAUUAAAAGAAGCUUUAAAGAAAGCCAAAGAAUGGACUGCAAAAGUUGAAGGAAUUCAGAAUGCUGAACACUACCCAUAUUUAGAUAUACUGGAAAGUUUAGUAGUGAAAGGAAGACCAAUACCAGUGCGACUAGAGCAGUUACCUCAAGUAGAAUCUCAAGUAGCGUCAGCAAGGUCAUGGCGAGAACGCACAGGAAGGACCUUCCUUAAGAAAAACUCACAAUAUGCUUUAGUCGAGGUGCUAUCACCACGAUCAGACAUUGGCAUAUAUUCAACAGGAAAGAGUAGGAGGAAGAAGAGUAGAGAUUCUGACAAAGAAAAGGAAAAUAGCAAUACUACUGAGACUAAAGUUGAAGAUUCACGUGAUCCAGCUGCAAUUGUUGCAUCUUUUAAAGAAUCUGAACGUUGUGAGAUUGAUGCAAUGAGAAUGCUGCGUGACAAAAAUCUACACAAACAACAACUGGAAGAAAAUGAAGAGGAACAAGGCAAAUACUGUAUUUGUCGUAAAAAUGUGUCUGGAUAUAUGCUCCAGUGUGAACUUUGUAAAGAUUGGUUUCACAACACAUGUGUCACAUUACCAAAAUCUAGCAGUAGCAAAAAAAAUGGUCAGGGAACAACCAAUCCAAUGCAAUCAUCACGAGAUCUAAAAUUCUUAUGUCCCUUGUGUUUAAGAUCAAGGCGUCCAAGAUUAGAAACUAUCCUCUCACUGCUAGUUUCUCUACAAAAAUUACCUGUCAGGCUUCCUGAGGGUGAGGCUCUUCAGUGUCUGACGGAAAGGGCAAUGAGUUGGCAAGACCGUGCAAGGCAAGCUCUAGCUACUGAAGAACUAGCAUCAGCACUAGCCAAGUUGUCUGUGUUGAGUCAGAGAAUGGUAGAACAAGCAGCCCGUGAAAAGACUGAGAAAAUAAUAAGUGCCGAAUUGAAAAAGGCAGCAAAUAACCCAGACUUGCAAGAGCAUCUUCAGAGUGUAACACAUAAUGCAUUCAGUGGUGGUGAUUCCCCAGUACACCCUUCAUCUAUAUUACAUGGUAUGCCGCCAGUUCCAACCAAUCCUGAUGUUCUACACAAAUCACAUUUUAGUGACGAGACAGCUCUUGAUAUUGUUCCAUCUCCACCUCCUCUAUCACUCUCAAUUGAUGAGCAAACUACAUCAAUCAUGGAACAAGAAGAAAUUGUUGUUGAUUCACAGCAGCCACCAGUAGCGCUCAGUUCUGAACAUGCAUAUAGCUUUGCUUCUAAAAACUCACAAACCCCAACAACACCACGUAAACAAUCUCGUAAAACUCCUCAUGUUACUAGAUCACUAGAUCCACCUGUUUUAGAGUUAUCUGAGAUGGCAAAGGCUCAACUAGAAGACCUCAUGAUGGAAGGAGACCUCCUUGAAGUCUCAUUGGAUGAAACCCAGCACAUCUGGAGAAUACUUCAAGCAUGUCAGCCUCAGCAUGAAGAAAAAUUUUUGGAACAAUUCUGUUCUGGAGAGCCAUUAAUUGAAGACAGUGAAGAGAAACCAGCCAAACUAAAGUUGGGUGAGAAAAAAAGAAAGAGGAAAAAGAUUGUAGCUGAUGAUAGUGCUGGUGGUGAUGGUAGUGGUAGUGUUGCUGCUGGUGAUGAAGACAAUGGUGAUGGUGUUAUUGUUAAUCUUACUGAGAUAGAUAAGGUGCCAGAAAAAAAGAAAAAGAAAAGAGCAAAUAAAGAUGCAAGUGAGAAAAAUAAUGCUGAAGAAGGAGAUAAGGUCAAAGAAAAGAAAAAAAGGAGAAAGACAACUAACGAAGCUAAGGAAAGGAAUAAACCAAAGGGAGACAAAGAAAAGCAUUCAAAUGGUGAUAAUGAUGACGAUGAUGAUGAUGACGAUGAAGAGGAUGAGUCAUGUUCUGCUAAAGUAUGUAAACAGCCUACUGGAGAUGAUAUUAACUGGGUUCAGUGUGAUGGUGGUUGUGAACUCUGGUUCCAUCUCGUGUGCAUAGGACUUUCAGAAGAGCAAGCACAAAAAGAUGACUAUAUCUGUAAAACCUGUACACGACGUAAGAACAGACAGGCAGCGCGUGAGAAAGCCAAGCUUCUCGCAAAAGAAAAUAAGAGUGAUUCCUCAGUGGAAUCAGCUGGUCAAAAGGAUGAAGAGAAAGAAAAUCACAAUGAGACUGAUGUCAUAAUGGAGAAGGAUUUAGAAGACAUUAUUUCUGUAACUUCUUCACUGAGUGACAAAUCACCUGAGCCUCUUGUAGUUGAAGAAGGUGGUGGUGGUGGUGGGGGUGCAAACACAUGUGCUGCAAUAGUGGAGAACAUUGUUAAAUCAAUGGUCAUUGAACCAAUGGAAAUAGAACAGUCAGACAGACCAAUUGAUAUGAACACUGAACCUUUAAGUAAAUUAGCAGUAAAUCAUGAGGUUCAGUCAUAACAAUAUUUACUUAGCUUAGAAUUAGAUCUGGUGUGAUCAUUCUUGUCAAAAUAAGGUGAAUAGGAAUUGAUUGAGUUUGAAAGUUAUAAUAAUUCCAAUGUUUAAAUUCAUAGUUAAUUGUUCCUUGUAUUACUGAAAACAUUUGCUGUUGUGACCGAGGAAACUGUACUUCAAGCCAAACACUUGUUUUUCUAUUCACCCUGUCUUUGUGUAUAAAAACUGAUAUUUUCAUGAAACCAGUAUGUGUACUUGAGUGCCAGUGAAAGCACACUACUUUGAAUAUAACAUUUUCGUUUCAAGAUAUAUAUAUAUAUAUGAUAUAUAUCAUAAGA